CGAGUAUUUAGUAUUUAAACGCGUGCUGUGAAGUGCGAACGCUGAAGUUACACAUAUACGAUUUUUUUUUUUUUUAAUUUCUUUAUUGUGUUUCGUUUGGAAGUGAUUUAUUAAUGUUUUGAGUAUAAAUGUGAUAGAUUAUUUAUUAUUGUUUACAUUGAAUUUACUAGAGGGAGGCUUUGCAUAAAAUUCGCCUGCUUGGGUAUUGCAUUCGUGUUUCUGCCGUGAAUUAGAUGGGUCGGUGGGUUAUGGCAGUGAAAUUUCACUGCACGGUGGCAUAAUACCAAAGUGUUCAAACAUGGUGGUAACACAUGAGAAUUACCAAUUAGAUCACAGUGUAUUCUGUUGAUGAUCAUACACCAUUAUCGGUUAUUUGAAUCUUCAUAUUUUUUUUUUUUGUUGAGUGAAAAUGGUAUGGUAACCCCGCCUGCGUUAACGGGAUACGCUGACGGAGCACCAGUGAAGGGUGAUAGAUGAGAAUGAAUACAGGCCAGUUAGCUCAUCAUGAUGAAUUCAUCAGAAAUUAACCAUGAUAGUUUCCAGGGGGAACCGCGAGGAGAUCGAGCUGGUUGGGUAUAUUGCUAGUAAUGGGAUUUUCAGUCUCCAUUACUAACAAUCCCCUUCCCCCCGAAUCUUCAUAAUUUCAAGUUGGAUAGAAAAGUUUAACGCUUAUUUUCCAUCAUUAGAUAAUUUGUUAAUUAUGAUUUUAUAGCCUGAUGAGAGAGGCGACUAGACGAUCAGGGAGAAGGGAUUGUUAGUAAUGCGGACUACCAGUUCUAUUGUUAGAAAUAUAUUCUGUCAGGUCGACCUCCACGUGGUCCCCCUUGGAAACCAUCGUGCUGAAUUCUAGAUGUAUUCAUCACGACGGGCUAACUGACAUGCCUUUUCUACCCAUCUUUUCAUUCUACAUUGGUGCCCCGCUAGUGUAUAUCGAUAGCACAGGCUGGGUUACCAUUUUAUUAUCAUUCAUUAAAAAAAACUAGAUUGUCAGGGAUAUUAGGAAUUAGCAACCGCAUUGUUAGCAAUAUACUCUAACAGGUCGACCUACACGCGGUGCCCACUGUGAAUCAUCGUAAUUAAUUAAAUUCCUAACGAUGGGCCAACUGACCUGUUUCCUCCUCACUGGUGCCCCGCCUGCGUAUAUCGAUAGUGCAGGUGUGGUUACCAUUCCAUUAUCAUCCGUUAAAAAUAAUAGAGAAGCAAAGACAUACUUAUGUGUUGCCAUUUUUAAGGACUACACUAGUGUGACCACAAAUACAAUAAUUUAACCGUUUUAUCCCACCCUUCAAAUACAGAACUUCUAAAAUAUAUUUAAGCAUUACAGCUUGGCGGCAGAAACAUUACUAGGCCUAGAGUUACCUAUACUAUGCAGAUGAUUGUCCAAAGGUCCCCAUUGGCGAUUUUUACUUUUAAACAUAUUUUGAAAUGUAAAGCACGUGUUCAAAAGCGAAUUUAUAAAGCCCACGAUUUGCUUUAUCUGAAAUCCAAUGAUAUACCCAUUUAAAAUCGACAAGUUCGACGUAAUGUUAUAAAGUGAUACCAUUUUUUUAACUAAAUACGUACCUACUUUUAUAAAACUUUGCAAAUAAGUGUAUACAAAUGGAUACAGUAAUUGGUCUUCGAGAUUUAAUAACCGGCACAAUGCGUCAGAGGCGGUGCAACUCAGAGCGAAAUGCCCUCCUCGAGGAGUACUCCGACGCGACGGACUCGGCCGACCGGCAGGCGGACAUCAUCGUCCGCGACAUGGAGCUGGAUGACAGGCUCAUGAAGAACAGCCCCGUCUCCGAGGAGCGCAGGAGGGAGGCAUUGCGCGAACUGCCCCGCGGCCUGACGAUAAAGAGGCAUGUCCGAGCCAAGCUGUCCGCCUCGGUCAGCCUCCGCUCCAAAAGGCCCAUCUCGUUUUGGAAGCGGCUUAAAUACAGAACUAGUUUUGCUAUUAAGAAGCUCCGCGACCGUCUCCUCAACCUGGUCUUCUCUGUCGAGCUGUGGUAUAGAUCGAUCAGGACCAUCGAGGGCCACUUCGGGUCCGCCGUCGGCACGUAUUUCUACUUCCUGCGCGCCCUCUUCAUCAUGAACGUCUUCCUGAUGCUGAUGGUGGUGGCGUUUGUGGUGAUCCCCCAGUCUCUGCACGACGGUCACACUAACACCACUAGUGCUGUUAGAGAAGAGGGAAGGUUCUUGGACUUUAUAAGUGGAAAGGGUAUGUUGGAACAUUCCCUACUGUUCUACGGACACUACCACUCCGGUGAGAUCGCGGCCGGCGGCCCUCUGUCCUAUGAUAUGUCCUUCGCUUACUUCUUCACCAUGCUGUCUGUCUGUAUGGUGAUAUUCAUCAUACUAUGUUAUAGAACGGCGGACUCGUACCGGCGUAACUUCAUCGGCGCGGGCGGCGGGGCGCGGCUAGUGUUCGCGAGCAAGGUGUUCUGCGGCUGGGACUGCGGCGUCGUCAGCGCCCGUGCCGCCGCCUCGCAUGCCGCUGGCCUCUACCUCGAGUUCAAGGAAUUACUGAACGAGCAGGACAAGAAUCAGGUGUUGAUGAGCUCGUGUGGCAAGCUGUGCCGCUACUUGAUCAACGCGGCGGUCACGACCGCGGUGCUAGCCGUCAUACUGGGGCUCCAGUACGGCCUGUGGAAGCUUCUGGAGCUGGAGAGCCACGCGGCGCACUGGGAGCUCGCGGUCUCGAUCACUGUCGCCCUCAUGGUCAGCCUGUGUCCGCUGGUGUUCGAUUCGGUCGUCAGAAUGGAAUAUUACAAUCCGCGUACAGCGUUGUACGUCACGCUGGGAAGGACCUGGCUGCUGGAUAUGAGCACACUUGUCCUACUUUUCUACUUUUGGGCGAACUCUGCAAAACAUUGCUGGGAGACGCGUUUCGGUCAAGAGAUGUAUCGGCUGGUGUUGCUCGACGCUUUCAUAUCUUUGUUUGUGUUGCCAGCUAUUGAGUUCGGUAGAGCUUUUAUUUAUAAUUUGAACUACAAAACUAGCCCGCCAGAGUUCAAUAUCGCGUACAACUCGCUGACCCUGAUCUACAAUCAGGCGGUCGUGUGGUUCGGAGUGAUGUUCUCCCCACUGCUGGUGGCCGCCGUCGCUGUCAAGCUGCUGCUACUGUUCUACGUGAAGAAGGAGUGCACCAUGAGGGCGUGCCAGCCGGCUAGGAAGGUGUGGCGCGCUGCGCAGACGCAGACGGUACUGUACAUGCUGGUCACGCUCUCUCUCUUCGUCACGCUAUUCGCCGUCGGAUCUAUAUUUAUGAGAAUGUCGUCGCAGCAGUGCGGGCCGCUGCAGCAGUACUCGCGCGUAGUACAAGUGGUGACCGAGGGCUUGCUUCACCUCCACCAGCACCCGUACGCCUCCGCAGCCCUGGGUUUCGUCACGCGGCCCGGCGUUAUCGGCUUCCUCCUCACGUUCCUCAGCGUUUUCGUGUACUACACGCGCGCCCGUGCUGUCGCGCAGGCGUCCAUGGUGGACAUAUUACAGCGCAUGGUGUCGCUGCAGGCGAAAGACAAGGAGUUCCUGCUCGGGGCCAUCACCAAGGUGUCCAACGGAGAGUGGCUCUACAGCCCUAAAGAGGACGACGAAGGUCCAGAUAGUCACACGUGGAAGUACCUUCGCGAGGUACGCAAGCCUUCCAACUCUGGCUUCCACUUUGAUGCCUCACGGUUGAGCCAUUCCUUCGUAGACCGACCGCAAUCGUACGUAAAGGAGAAUCGAUCUAAUUCAUACUACGCCGAGAGGUCAAAGUCGCAAGACGACGGCGACACGGACAGCUCGUUCAGUUGGAAGGAUUCCAGCAACUGUUUAAAUCGGAAAGGCGACGAGAAUGAUCACAAUUUGUCACAAGUAUAGUCAACUGCCAAAUUUAUUUCUGUAUUUAAGUUUUUUUUUUAUGUAACUUAAUAUUGCAAACAAGCUGACGGCGCACCUUAUAGGAAGUGGUAACCGUCGCCUAUAGAUAUCAAGUGAAUUUAUUAAUUUCUAAUUUAAUUCUGACAAUAAUAAAUAAAUAAACAACGAAAAUGAAUCUAUUCGGAGUCAACGACUUGUUUUAGAAACACUAAGUACAUUUAUUUAAAUACACAAUUGGGACUUAACGCGAUGUCAAAGCCUUUACAGGUAAAAAGUACCUACAUACCUGCUUCUUUAUUGCAAACGUUUCUAUUUACUUGGUACUCUUUUCCUGUUUAAAAUUAAAUGAAUAGAUUUGUUUUGUACCUUAUUGUUAGUAAAAUAAAGUUUAUAAUGCAAUGCUUUUAUAUAUAUGACAUUAUAUGUAAAGAAUGUCACGUGAAUGGACGAGAUAUAAUAAAAAAAAAAUAUUUGUGUUCGAAGUAUAUUGUUAUUUAGGAUCUGAUUAAAUUUAUGUGCAUAAUAUUAUAUUAUUGACAGAUUUACCAUACAGUCCGUGCUUAAAAAAUUUUAUAUUUUUUUUUAUACAACUUAGAAUGGCGUUCCUCGACCGUUAAGUUCGCUUAGUCGCCUUUUACUAACAAAUUAGGCCAUUGUAGCCUGUAAUAAAAACUAUUACACCCACAGGAUAGAAAGUGGUGGCCCAUUCUAUGCCGAGACCAUAUGGUCCCAAAAUAAUUAUUGUUCUAAAAUUGUUGUGCUUAGAUGUUUUUUUUUUUACAUUAUUUUUUUUUAUAAUACUAUAUUUUUAUCAUAAUAGUCUUAAUUUAAUUUAAGUAAAUUUUUAUUUAUAUGAAAGUAUUUUGUGUGGAAGUAUUAAAUUAAAAAAAUAUAAAAAAGUGCAUGUUUAUAGCACGUAUUUGGAAAAAUAACCAGUGCCAAAGCAAUUUGUAGUUGUUUUUACAGUUACUUUGUAUAUAAUAAUAAUUAGAUACAAAUUUAUAGAUUAAUUCUUGAGACUGUCUACUAAGUUGUUUAACUAAAUAUGUCCUGCAGGAAUCUCCCGUGUUCCUAUUUUUAACAGCAUAAUGUUCAUUUAUAGUGGCUAAAUAUUUCUCUAUUAUAUUCUGUUCUUUAAUUAAUGUCAUUUUCGUCCCAGUACUGGGCAUAGUUCAUUUUACAUUAGUUAUUUUAUAUAAAUAGAUAUUUUUAGAUAAUCACUAGCAAAAUAUACUAGAUUACCAUCUAUAAAAUUGUUUCCUCAGUUAUCAAGAGUGACUUCUUAUGAGGGAUAUGAUAAGUGCACAAAUCAACUAAGUUUUUGAUGUCCUUAUAACAUGUAGUGUCCUGUAACAUGUAGUGUCCUGUAACAUGUAAUGUCCUGUAUCAUGUAAUGCUCUAUAAUAUGUAGUGCUCUAUAUCAUGCAGUGUCCUGUAACAUGUAGUGUCCUGUAACAUGUAAUGUCCUGUAACAUGUAAUGUCCUGUAUCAUGUAGUGCUCUAUAUCAUGCAGUGUCCUGUAACAUGUAGUGUCCUGUAACAUGUAAUGUCCUGUAUCAUGUAGUGCUCUAUAUCAUGCAGUGUCCUGUAACAUGUAGUGUCCUGUAACAUGUAAUGUCCUGUAACAUGUAAUAUCCUGUAUCAUGUAGUGCUCUAUAUCAUGCAGUGUCCUGUAACAUGUAGUGUCCUGUAACAUGUAAUGUCCUGUAACAUGUAAUAUCCUGUAUCAUGUAGUGUCCUGUAAACAUGUAGUGUCCUAUAUCAUACAGUGUCCUGUAUCAUGUAGUGUCCUGUAUCAUGCAGUGUCCUGUAACGUGUAGUGUCCUGUAUCAUGCAGUGUCCUGUAACAUGCAGUGUGCUGUAACAUGCAGUGUCCUGUAACAUGUAGUGAAAUGAAAUGAAAUGAAUUUAUUUUGCUAGAAUGCAGGUAAUUUUAGAUGAUAGUGUCCUGUAUCAUAUGGUGUCCUGUAUUAUGUGAUUUUCAAGGACUAAUAAUUGUCCAUCUACUUUGUGUUGUGUAUUAGAUAAUAAUAUACAUAUUAAGACAAUUUUCUAUUUUUAUAAUGAUCUCUAAAUGAAAUGGUGCUUUAUAUACUCGUACACCUGUACCAUUAAUGUACAAUAUUCCUGGUUAUGUCAAUUUAUCUGAUGUAAAAGACUGUUGUAUAUUUAUUUAUAAUGAUAUUAUACUUUAUUAUAUUUUAAAUAAAUUUUAAUGAAAAAUAUAUUUAAAUAAUUGUUAUUUGUGUCUAAUGCAAUUAAAUGUAUUAUC